UCUGUGCUGCGGCUUCUCCCACAGAUGUUAAAGCUGCCUCUCAGCUCUCCAGAAAAGCCAUCCCUGUUUUUCCUGGCAAGCCAGAAAGAAAGGAUCCCUCGCCUACACCGCGAACAACCAGCCAAGGCCAUGCGGGUCCUUGCCCUGCUCCCACUCAUCCUCCCGGCCCUGCUGCCCGCAGCCGGCACUACCGACCCAGGCCAGCCCUGCCCAACGGAGAUGAACAAGGUCAAGGACCUCCUGGCGGUGAACUGCACGGGGCAGGCCCUCAGCGCGGUGCCCCAGGACCUGCCCGUGGACACGGGCAUCCUGCUGCUCAAUGACAACCAACUGGCGUCCCUCUCCAUGGACGCCUUCCUGAACCUCACCCAGCUGCAGGACCUUGACCUGGCCGACAAUGGGCUGGUGGCUCUGCACACCGGGACCUCGCUGCCGACCCUGAAGGAGCUGGUCCUCUCCCGCAACGGGCUGGGGGCCCUGCCCGACCUGCAGGGCUUCCCCGCGCUGACCCUCCUGGCCGUGGCCCACAACAGCCUGGUGACGCUGGCCCCGGGGGCUUUCCUCGCUGUGCCACAGCUGCAGGACCUGGACCUGCGAGGGAACCAGCUGCAGACGCUGCCCCAGGACGCCUUCAAGGGGCUGAAGGCACUCAAGGACUUGGACAUCUCAGACAACCUCCUGGAGGAGCUCCCCAAGGAGCUGCUGCAGGAUCUGAAAGCGUUGGAAACCCUCUGGCUCUCAGGGAACCACCUGCGGACCCUGCCCACCAACUUCUUCCCCCAGGACCACCUCUUCGCAUACAUCUUCCUCACUGAGAACCGCUGGCAUUGUGACUGCGACCUGCGCUACCUGCGGAACUGGAUCAGGCAGAAUGAAGGAAGUGUCUACCAGCCAGAACGGGGCCUGGAGAAGACAAAGGUGGAGGUUGCCCCUGAGAAGGUGCUGUGCAGCAGCCCCCCUGAGCAUUUGCGGAAGCCUAUCAUCCACUUCAAGCCCAACAACUGCGGCAAUGUGGGAGAUGCAGAUGAGGAAGAGGAUGAAAACUAUGAUGAGGAAGAAACGAUGGAGAAAGCUACCACGAUCACCAUCACACCUGCACAGACCCCCAGCCCUGCUGCCAUCCUCACUGCUGCUCCCACCAGCACUGCCCUCAUCUCCACCACCUCACUGCCAACCACUAUGAGCACCAGCCAUCCUCAAACCACCUUUUCCGCCAACACUACCAACACCUAUGCCAUUCCCAUGGUGGCUACUGGCACGUUUUCCACUACCUCUGUGGCAUUGGCUUCUACUGCCAUGCUAGAGGCCUCUUCCAUGAUUGGAUCUUCAUCUCCUCCUCUGACAUCAACGACAUCGGUGGUCUCCACCACCAUGCUUUCCACUCAUGCCCCAACACCACUAGCUCCCCUGGACACCACACACUUCACCCAUCCUGCACCUUCUCCUCCACCUCCACCUCUCCCCCUCUGCCCAUGCUCCACUCCAGUACUGGCCUCGCGGGCAGGUGGGGAGGGUCCGCAGGGGGGACAGUGGGUGCUGAGGCAUUGCUGCCUAUUGCACUGGGUGCUCUACCUGGCCUCCUUGGUUCUGCUGGUCCUGACCAUGCUGGCUCUAGCAGGCUGGCUGGCGUGGAUGUUUCUGGUGGGACGGCACAAGUCCCGGCAGACCCAAGAGGUGCAGGGUCUGCUGCCGAGGUGGGGGGAGUCGACAGGAAGCCCUGUGAUGGAUCUCAGCAGCUUCAAAAGCCCCCACCAGAGCCCCACAUUCUGUACCAUCAAGGAAGUAGAGUUGUGCCCUGAGGUCACUUACUGCACGAUUAAAGACCUAGGGAUACAGCAUAGUUCUCCUGCAUGUUCCUCCUUCCGCACCACGAAGGAGUUGUGGGUCCACCACAGGCCUCUGAAUGAGUAGUUCAGGUCUUUCUCCAGGAAGCUGAUGGUCACAAACCUCAGCUCCCUGAGGACGCCUUCUGCUUACCAUCUGGACAGGGGUGUCAAGGUGAUGUUAGAGUGAAAUAUGCUGGCAACACCUUCUAAACACUUCUGUAUAUUCAGAGAAAAAGAUGGAGAAUUAUGGCUUUGCUUCACGUACCCUUGUUUUACACAGGAAGUUCUGCUUGCCCAGGGGGAAGCCAUCCAGCUCUUUUCCCUGCUGUUACUCUCAGACAUGCUGAGUUUUCUAGAUCUGAAAUAAUUACUUGGGUACGUGACAGGGGAAGAAGAUGUCCUGAAUGGGUCAGGGAUAGUUUGGGGCUGACACUGCCUGCUUUCGGGGUGAGGGUGGGAAAGCAGAGCUUACUCUGUGUCCCAACUGCUUCUGUUUGAAUGCUGCACUAACGACACGCUCUGCUUUCAACUCCCUGCCAGGCUGCUAAUCACAGAAUAAAUAUU